AUGGCUGCCAGAAUUCCACAGAGCGACAGCACCAGUGGAGAGGAGCAGAAACAAUCAGGACAAUCAGACAACUCAAACCAGCAAGGAGACAACGACGUGAAGCCCCCACCAAAUGGCCAUUUGAAUCUGAGUUUUCAGGACUGCUUUGUGACUUCAGGAGUGUGGAAUGUCGCCGAGCUUGUCCGUGUCUCACAGACGCCAGUUGCUACGGCGUCAGGUCCCAACUUCUCUUUAGCUGACCUCGACAGCCCUGGCUACUACAACAUCAACCAGGUGACCCUAGGCCGGCGGUCCAUCACCUCCACACCCUCCACAAGCUCCAACAAACGCAAGUCGAUUGACGACAGUGAGAUGGAGAGCCCUGUGGAUGACGUGUUCUACUCGGGACGGUCCCCCGCAGCAGGCAGCAGCUCUCAGUCCAGCGGCUGGCCUAACGACGUUGAUGCAGUGCAGCACCAUUUGGCCAGUGUGCAGGAGAGGAAGAUUAAGCAUGAGAGCGAUGGAGUGCAGUUUCCUUACCAUGGACUCUCGUCGCCUGGUUCACUUAAGAAGUCGGGGAAAUUCGAUUUCAGCGCUCUGUCCUCCCAGACGAGGUCCCCCCGCAUGGCGUUCACCCACCACCCACUGCCAAUGCUGGCGGGAGUGAGACCAGGGAGUCCUCGUGCUUCAGCUUCCGCUCUGCACUUUCCCUCUCCCUCCAUCAUCCAGCAGUCUAGCCCAUAUUUCACCCACCCGACCAUCCGCUACCACCACCACCCAGGACAGGACCCCCUGAAGGAAUUUGUGCAGUUUGUCUGUGCUGACGGCUCAGGGCCGGCCGGGGGACAGCCAAACGGGAGUGGCCAGAGCAAAAUGCCAGGCUCCUUCUUGCUGCCUCCACCUCCCCCCGUCGCCCGCCCAGUGCCCCUCCCCAUGCCCGAUUCUAAACCCAACAGCACGCCCCCUGACGGCGGACUCUCCUCGCCCGCAUCUCCGUCAUACUCCACGCCAGGCGCCACAGCUCCCAACAGGUUUGUCGGCAUCGGAUCACGGGACAACAACUUUCUGAACAUCCCGCAGCAGACGCAGUCUUGGUUCCUCUGA